UGUUUUGAUCUAUAGAUGCUUUGUUCAUCCAGAAGUAUAAAAAUUACCUUUGAAAAGCAAUGGUUCUACUUAGAUAAUGCCAUUGGACAUAUUUAUGGAACAACCUUUGAAGUGACCAGCGGUGGGAGCUUACAGCCAAAAAAGAGAGGGGAAGAGAUGGCGACCGAAACAAAAGAAGCAGGUACAGACAACCGUAAUAUAGUGGAUGAUGGAAAGUCUCAGAAACUGACUCAUGAUGAUAUAAAGGCUUUGAAAGAUAAAGGCAUUAAAGGACAGGAAAUAGUUCAGCAGUUGAUAGAAAACAGCACCACGUUUAGAGACAAGACAGAAUUCUCUCAGGAUAAGUACAUCAAGAAAAAGAAAAAGAAAUACGAAGCAGUUAUUACCAUUAUAAAACCCUCUACCCGUAUUUUGUCAACGAUGUACUAUGCAAGAGAACCAGGAAAAAUAAAUUAUUUGAGAUAUGACACUCUAGCCCAGAUGUUGACCUGGGGCAACGUGCGUGCUGGCAACAAGAUGAUUGUGAUGGAAACCUGUGCUGGAUUGGUCCUGGGUGCUGUUAUGGAGAGAAUGGGAGGUUAUGGAUCUAUUGUUCAUAUGUAUCCAGGAGGAGGACCUGUUAGAACAGCCGCAAACUGUUUCGGAUUUCCCGAAUCCUUUUUUCAGACUCUUUACGAGUUCCCUCUCAGCAAAGUGAACAGUGUUCUCUCUGGAACGUUUUCCUUAAAUAUACUGCCUUCUGAGCCUGAAGAGACCAUGGCAGUGACAGAAGACAGCAAUGGGUCACUGGAUGACAAACAACACCCCAUACAGGAAGCAGAUAUGGAAUGCUGUGCUGAGUUAGCAAUGGAGAGCGAUCAACCAGAAGAACAAGAAAUGGUGGACAUUCCAACUGAGGGUGAAGCAUUUGACAAUAAUAAAGCAAAGGGAACAACAGAUGACAAACAAAAGAAACAGGAGAAGAGGAGAAAAAAGUUAAUAGAGACUGCUGCUUUGUUGAAAGAUAAAGAUGCGGAUGGUUUAAUCAUAGCCAGUCGAUUUCAUCCAGCACCUUUAUUGCUGUCAUUAUUGGAAUUUGUUGCUCCUUCAAGGCCUUUUGUUGUUUACUGCCAAUAUAAAGAGCCAUUAUUGGAAUGCUAUACAAAACUGAGAGAGAAAGGUGGAGUCAUUAAUCUGAAACUUUCUGAAACAUGGUUACGACACUACCAGGUCUUGACUGAUCGAAGUCAUCCCAAAUUGAUGAUGAGCGGUGGCGGUGGGUACCUACUGACAGGCAUCACUGUUAUAAAUGAAGGUGUCAAAACUGGUGACCACGCACCACAGAUGGCCGAAGAGCCAACAUCUAAAAAACGUAAACUUCAAGAACAUGUUUAAUACCUGAAGAAGCUGUUUUUCUUAGGAUGCAGCUGAUCCUUCUGUUCUCUUGCUAACUAUAUUGAAGAGGACUUAAGAGUGCACUUUUCUUUCUGGCUCCUGUCAAGAGAAGUUUAUUGUGAACAAGUCAGGCUCAUAUGAGAAUUGUGUGCUCUUGUAAGCAAUUCAAACUUGAAUAGUGCCAUAACCUCAACCUGUGUUCUGAUAGUCCCAGAAUGAAAGCCUUCUAGGUCUAACUCUUAAGAACUGCUCUUCCUGAAGCUGUUGCAGAAAUUGACUGAAAUGCCAGCCCUACCCUGUUGCAGAGUUUUGCUUUGAAUUUACAUCCCGUGUUUGCAACACCCUUUCAUUUAUAAUCUCACUGCAGCUUACUUUGAUAUAAAAAGUUGUAGCCCAUGGCAUGUCAAAAUCCUGAGAACUGGAUGUUUUAGCAUAUGAAGUGGACGCUGCAAAAUUGUGUGAUUUCAUCAUUUGUGGAGAAAACAGGACUGCUGAUGCUAACUAUAUAUUUUUACCCUUUCUGAACACAAGAACUAAGGGACACUAUGUGUACAUUUUAAAAUUCAUUGUCAUUUACAUUUUAAAAAUAAAAGCUCAUUUCCAUUGUU